AUGAAUUCCUCUAUGCAAUUCAUACCAGAUCUUAAUCUUGACAACUAACCUGAUGACUAAAUUUCUCCUAGAAAGGAAAUAAUCAAGAAAGGAAUUUUGAAGACUUUUUAUUAUUAGGAUGUGAAAAGAAGAAAGCUGAUUGGAUGUAAUAUAUAUGUGAAUGAAAUGAAUGAAUAGUAAUUAUAAUUAUCUAAAAGAGGAUUGACUUGCAGGAUAUGCAUGAAUGAGGAAGAAACUUCAAGAUUUAUUAUGCCUUGUGCAUGCAAAGGAAGCCUGUAAUAUAUACAUGAAGAGUGUUUAAAACUUUGGAUCCUUUAGAAAAAUGGCAUAGAAGAUGUAUUUAAAGACAGAAUUAAAUGUGAAUUAUGUUCACAAAAAUUUCGUAUGCGAAUGCAAUUACACAAUCACUUUGAGAAAUCUCGAUUUUGGGAAGUACCAAAACACUAAAAGAUAUGUUGGCUUAUUUAACUUUUCUUUAUUUUUGCUAUAAUUAGUUCUAUUGCUGUAUUAUUUACUAAUUUUGGGCUAUCUAACAUAGGAGUAGAUGCUGUCAUGACUUUGUUGAUAGUGCUGUGUUUAAUUUUAAUAGUAUAUCUUGCUGCAAGUGUUAUUGCAUUUCAUUAAGUAGAAAUGAUUGAGAAUUGGACAAUAAGUAAUUAUCGACCAAGAAGAGAUACGAAAUAGGGUAGCUUUUUUUAAUUAUAAUCUUAAAUGGGAUAAAGUGUAACUGGUAGUCCUAUAGUUCGGAAAAAGACAGCAUCGGUUCAUCCGAAUGGACUAAAUAACUUAUAAGUCAUUUAAGUCAACUAACUCAUGACUAGUACAAAUAUCUCUGAAUAAUGA